AUUUACAACAUGCUGGUUGAGACGGGCGAGCUGGACAACACCUACAUUGUUUACACCGCCGACCAUGGCUACCACAUUGGCCAGUUUGGCCUGGUGAAAGGGAAAUCCAUGCCCUACGAGUUUGACAUCAGAGUCCCCUUCUACAUCCGAGGCCCCAACGUGGAGGCAGGAUCUUUAAAUCCCCAUAUUGUCCUGAACAUUGACCUGGCACCAACUAUCCUGGACAUCGCAGGCCUGGACAUCCCUCCCGACAUGGAUGGCAAGUCCAUUCUCAAACUUCUGGACACCGAAAGGCCAGUCAAUAGGUUCCACUUGAAAAAGAAGAUAAAGGUCUGGAGAGAUUCGUUCCUGGUGGAAAGAGGGUAAGAAGGAAGCCUUUAACUAGAGACGGUCAUUCAACUGUUAACAGCAGGAGGUGUCCAGAACGUCGUGCCAGGGCAGAUACAAAAGUUCAGAUAAAACAGUCCUUCUGCCCUCACGAAGCUUACAGUUUAGGAGGAAAAUAAUCAUAGGACACCAUAUUCCCUAAGUGCAAUAAGGACUCCGAUUCUCUCCAAGCAAGAAGUGCAUUAUGGACUAGGGAGAGCUUCCUCCGAGGGGAAGGUAUUUGUGCUGGGCUUAAAAGGAGGAAAGAGAGAAGGAAUG